CAACUUCAUCCAUUCCCAAACCAACUUCUUCGUUUUCGCCCCUUUCUCUUCUAGAGAGCAACACGACUCAUCUCCCAGAACCCAUCGGAUCAAUCACUCCCAUCUCUUGGAAUCUGGGUCUUAUAAUGAGUCAAUUUCCUUCGGAAGCAGCCCGCAACUAUGGCUGAGUCCUCGACCGAUCCUUAUGGCUUCCCGCCAGAGGCAUACAACCCGUCCAGCUUACCGGAUAUCGACACCAAGUUCAUAAAGGACGAAGAUCUGGCUGCCUUCAUCUCGGCUCUCCAUGCCCCCGACCCUCUUCAGAAUCAAUCCGACGACAUCACUUCCCCGCACUCCUCCCGUAGCGCCAGCUAUUUCUUGGACCCCGAUCACACCAAACGCAAGGGCUCCGCCGUCAGUCUUUUCGAUGGCUCCGACUCGCAAUCUAUCGCCGCUCAAGCUGCCGCGCAAGCGGGGGACGUAUCUGCCCCUUCUGGAGGGCUCCCCCAACAACAACACCAACAACAACAAAAUGGCGUGUACGGCAAUGCCCGUCCGCCGACCCCGACUCUGGGCCGUCGUCAGUCGAGCAUGUUCAUCACCGCCCAGAACGACUGGGCCCCGAUCCACAGGCGUGUCCAUCAAAAGAGGCGUGGAGACGACGCGCGCAAGGCAGACGGCGGAGGUGGCCAGGCCCUCCUGGGCACGCGUACCAAGGACGAGACGCGCGAAGGGUACCUGUACAGCCUCCUCAAAUGGCCCAUGCUCUUCUUCGUGGGUGCGUGGUUGGUCGGCCUGUCGCUGACCUACCUCUACACGCGGCUGUACAUCUGGGUCUACGAGCAGUUCGUCACCUGGCGCGGGCGUCGGCAGCAGCUGCGCAUGAGGCUGCGCCGGACGCACCGGUACCGCGACUGGGUGGCGGCGGCGCGGGAGCUUGACAGGUACCUCGGCCGCGAGAAGUGGAAAGAGCAGAACAGCUUUGCGUAUUACGACUCCAAGACGGUUCGGCGCGUGUGGGAGCAGCUGCGACGUUGUCGCUUGCGGGCCGAGGCUGUCGAGCACGGUGGUGUGGACGAGAAAGAAAAGGAGAGCGGAAGGGCUGUGGAGGAUCUCAAGGCCCUCCUGGAGGCGUGCGUCAAGAAUAACUUUGUGGGCGUGGAGAAUCCCAGGCUGUAUAGCCAGACGUACUAUGGUACCAAGAAUCUUGUGCAGAAUUUCGUCGACGAAGUGGAAAAGAGCGUGGAUUUCCUCCGCGAAACGAAACAACUGAGCCUCGAGGAGAAACGUGUGGCGUUCAAGGGGAUGCAUGCCAAUUUCGGCCGCACGGCGCUCUGCCUGUCCGGAGGAGCAUCGUUUGCAUACUAUCACUUUGGGGUCGUCAAGGCGUUGCUGGAAGCCGACCUGCUACCCGAUGUCAUUACGGGAACUAGUGGCGGUGCCCUUGUGGCAGCCCUGGUGGCAACGCGUACGAACGAGGAGCUCAAGCAGCUGCUCGUCCCCGCGCUCGCCACCCGCAUCACGGCGUGCCGCGAGCCCAUCACUACGUGGUUGCCGCGAUGGUGGAAGACGGGUGCGCGGUUCGACGCGGUCGACUGGGCUCGGCAGUCCUCCUGGUGGAGUCGCGGGUCCAUGACAUUCCGCGAGGCGUUCGAACGGACGGGCCGCAUCCUCAACGUGAGCUGCGUCCCAGCCGACCCGCACUCGCCCACGAUCCUCUGCAACUACCUGACCAGCCCCGACUGCGUCAUCUGGUCGGCGGUCCUCGCGUCGGCGGCGGUCCCGGGCAUCCUCAAUCCCGUGGUGCUCAUGAUGAAGCAGCGCGACGGGACGCUCGCGCCCUACUCGUUCGGGCACAAGUGGAAGGACGGCAGCCUCCGGACGGACAUACCGAUCAAGGCGCUCAACCUCCACUUCAACGUCAACUUCCCCAUCGUGUCGCAGGUCAACCCGCACAUCAACCUCUUCUUCUUCUCGUCGCGCGGGUCGGUGGGCCACCCGGUCACGCACCGCAAGGGCAAAGGGUGGCGCGGCGGGUACGUCAUGUCGGCGGUCGAGCACUACCUCAAGCUGGACAUGAACAAGUGGCUCCGGUUCAUCCGGCACGCCGAGCUGCUCCCGCGGCCGCUGGGCCAGGACUGGUCGCAGCUCUUCCUGCAGCAGUUCAGCGGCACCGUCACCGUGUGGCCCCUGACGGUGCCGUCGGACUUUGUGCACAUCCUCUCGGACCCGGACCCGCCGCGCCUGGCGCGCAUGCUGCACGAGGGGCGGCAGCGCGGGUUCCCGAUCCUCAAGUUUGUGGGGAACCGGCUCCGCGUGGAGCGGGCGGUCGAGCGCGGCCGGAGGGAGACGCGGCCGUGGGUCCGGCGGGGCAGCAUCGAGACGAUCCUCAGCGAGGAGGACUUGCGGAGCCUGCUGAUCAACAGCGGGAGCACGGAUGCAGACGAGGACUCGACGGACGGGGAGGCUGGGGAGCUGACGACCGCGUUGGAGAAUGAGGUUGCUAUUGCGGAUGACGAUUUGGACGACCAGGAGGUAGGGCAGAGGUGGAGGUAGGGGGUUUGGAAGACCGUUUAGACGGGAUGCGUCUUUAACGUGGCUACGCGUUGCGUUGCUCUGUCUUUCUGUCUUUUUUUCUCCCUUUUUUUCUUUUUUUCUCUUUCCUCUUCAUUUUUUCCUUUUCCCUUGGAUCACGACGAGGACACGGCAG